AAAUAUAGAAAUUGACUAAAAAAUUAUAGUUGAAAGUUAUAGUUAGCACUCUUCCAUAUUAAAAUAAAGAGAAAAAAAUGUUACAAAAGUCAAAACAUCUAGAAGCGGUCAAAACCAUGCAUUUGGUUUUCCUGAUCAUUAAAAGAAAUUAUAAUUAAAAAAGUUUCUUUGGUAUUUUUCCAAACUAACUUUAAUAAUUUUUCAUAAUACAAAUUAAGAAGAAGCCAAAAAAGACCACACCACCAUGACCAAGCUAGGCUAGCUUAUUAUUUCUCUAAGAACACAUCAACUACUACAUAAAAAAUAACAACUUAAUUUCUAUCUUCAUAGAUGUUUCUAGUUAUUAUCUCUAUAUAUAUAAAGCUCUCUUUCAAAUCAUUGUUGUAGAAGAAGAUUGAGAAACCAGAAAUUAAGAAUCAUAAUAAUAUCCAAAGUAGUGAUCAAAUUGAUAAUGGUAGGUGCUUGCUUUAUUCCAUUCAACAAUAGGAAUUUGGAUAUAAGCAUCUUUGCUUUUAGGCCAACUGUGGUUUUGGUUGGUGAUCUUAUUGAAGCACUAAAGCAUUUCUCUUUGUCUACUGAGACUCUUGGUUGUGUUCAAAGUUCUUUACUUCAGAGCAUCCAUGGAAAUAUGAUUCUAUGGUAUGGUGCAUGGUUGAAGAAGUCUUGUGAGAACAAAGAAUCACUAAUUGCAACCCUUCUCUCAAUGCUCAACAACAUCUCAACCAUGGCAAUCUUAACCGAACAUAGCUUCUUCGAUUCGUAUGCUGGUGAAUCGAGAGACAGCAGUGUUGGUGCUGCAAAAUUCUGCAGAGGUGACACAAUCUCAAUGUGUGUAGCAUCAUCCCUUAGUUCCAAAAAUGACAUAAAUGAUCUCUCUUAUGCUUGCUUAGCACUUUUCAAGUCAAAUUUUCUAAGAAUGGAUGGUGUAACAUCUGGGGUUUGCUUGAAAUCCCAAAAUAAGUCAGCUGCAGCCUCUUUCUAUGUGUGGAAAGACCUUCAAUUUUGCUAUUCAUGGAUUUUAACAGAUCAAAGAAGCUCGAUGUUACCAUACCUCGAACGAUUUUCGCUUGAGCUUAAGUAUGACAUUUUUAGAGUAGUUUAUGUUAGUGGUGAUGACAAUGUUGUAAAUGUUGCUUUUGUUGUUUCUCAUCCUCCUAAUUCUACUCAAAUGUUGGAAAAAGAAGGUGAAAGUAAAGAACAAAAACAGGUUAUUAAAACCUCAAAAGUAAACUACUUGUGGUGAAAGAAGAGGAAGAAAAAACAAUAUUUUUUUUUAGGAUUUGUAAAUAUUUGUUAAUAAAAUCUUAUUUGUUACAUAUUGAAGGCAUUACUAAU